GCCUGUCAACGGGCUGUGGCCGAGGGGGAGGAGUGACUAGGGAGUUUUGAGGAGCUCCUCCCAGUCCGGAGCUCGCGGAAAAUUUGGGAAAAGCGGCGUUCCCGGCCUUCCUUCUCCCCCCCCUCCCUGCAGGCGAAGGUGGCUCCCGAGGUGGGAGGGCAGGUCAGGUGACCCGCCGGGCUCCCCAAGAUGGCGGCGGCGACGGCAGCUCCUCGGCAGCGACGCGGCCGGCACGGUUGUGGCUCUCGCUGCUAAAGCGGACAGACGGCUCCCACGCAGGAGGAGAGGCCAUCUCACGCGGUGCAGCGGCGGCGGAGGCGGCUGCGGCGGAGGCGGCACCAGCCUGAAGAGGCCCCCAGCGGGGCGGCGGUGGGGAGGGCGCUUAGGGCCUCCCGACGCCGCCUCUCCCCUACUGCCGGGGGCUGGAGCCUGGUUGGCCGGGGGAUGUUCGUGCUGGGCCGAGGCACUCCCUCUCCUCCUUAGGGCGGUGGCAGCGGCGGCCACGGCGGCAGGCCAGGCUCCCUGGACAUGGCGCUGAGGGAGCUGAAAGUUUGUCUACUGGGGGAUACAGGUGUAGGUAAAUCAAGUAUUGUAUGGCGGUUUGUAGAAGACAGUUUUGAUCCAAACAUCAAUCCAACAAUAGGAGCAUCUUUUAUGACCAAGACUGUCCAAUAUCAAAAUGAGCUGCAUAAAUUCUUGAUUUGGGAUACAGCUGGACAAGAACGAUUUCGUGCCUUAGCACCAAUGUACUACCGAGGCUCAGCAGCAGCUAUAAUCGUGUAUGACAUCACAAAAGAAGAAACAUUUUCAACAUUAAAGAAUUGGGUGAAAGAACUUCGACAGCAUGGGCCACCUAAUAUUGUUGUUGCUAUUGCAGGAAAUAAGUGUGACCUUAUUGAUGUACGGGAAGUAAUGGAAAGAGAUGCUAAAGACUAUGCUGAUUCCAUCCAUGCAAUUUUUGUAGAGACCAGCGCUAAAAAUGCGAUAAACAUAAAUGAACUCUUUAUAGAAAUUAGUCGAAGAAUUCCAUCAACAGAUACUAAUCCCUCAUGUAGUGGUAAAGGCUUCAAAUUAAGAAGACAGCCUUCAGAGCCAAAACGAAGCUGUUGUUGACUGAUAUUCAGCAGUUCAGACUUUAUUAUAAAGUAGGUGGUCCUGAAAGUUAAUGGGGGUGUUUUGAGUAUAUGUGUUUUGAAUUUUCCCCUGACUGAUCAUCGUACACAGAGAGCCUACAGAAAUCGACCAAUUUGUUUCUAGUAUCGUUGACUUCCUGAAGACAACAGUUGUGAAAUUUCAGUCUGUUUACUUCCAUUAUGUAAAGAAUUUCUUGUAUUCAAAGAGAAUACAUAUUUGAAAUUUUGACCUUAUUGAAGAGGAAUUGUAAUUGUAUGGAUAGUAGUAUUAAAAUGUUUAAUAGUUUUGUAAUCAAGAUUUUAUGUCAUGUUUUGUAAAGGGAAAACGAGCACUUUUGUGGUUCUUGGAAAAGAAUAGGCCUUGUAGAAAUUGUAAUUUUGAGACUUGGAUUACUUCCCAUUAUCAUUGCUAUAGUAAGCUGUACCAUUUUACAUUUGAGUGCAUAUUCAUAGUGAAAGGAGGAUAAUUGUUACUUUGUACUCAAAAUAAGUUAUUUAUAAAACCGAUGGAAAAGGAUCUCAUCCCCUGCCAUCCCUAAAGCACUUUUCAUUGAAGGUAUUAGCCAUGGAUGAAUACAUGGAAUGAAUUAAAAACAUGAAAUCCUUUUUUUUUUUUUUUAUAAUGUAUAAUUUAUGUUUAAGCAGAUGCAUCAUUAGCACCUUUUAAAGUAAGCUCUCAUCAAGAUGGUGGUAGUAGAAAACAUAGCUGGAACACAGCAAACUGAAAAUAUUUUGAACUGACUGGCAAUAAAAAAAAAAAAAAAGCAGUAGUGUAAAUGCUGUCAAUGUUUUUAUUUAACCCAAAUAUUUUGGGGGGAAAUAAUUAUUUUUUGUUGAGCACAUGUAAAGUUUUAUACUAUAUUUAUGAGACCCAUACUUAAAACAUUAUAAACUCUGUAAAUAAAUAGAAAAUUCAAAGGUUUUCAUUCAGUAUCCCAUUUAAUCUUACAUUGAGGCCUAUGUAUACUCAUCCAUUCAAGUUUUCCUUGAGGAAACAAGUGUACUUUUUGUGAUGUUGUUUUGAGAAGAAUAAAUAGCACUUGAAUUGAAAAUAUUAUAAGUUUAUUUGUUGGCCCCAUCACAUUGGGGGUAAGCAUAUUAGGUUAUAUACUACUUUGACAGCAUCAAACCUUGCUAACCCUGCUCAGAACAAAAGAAAGGGAUCCCUAAUCCUGUCAUUUACCUCAUAUGUGUAACAAGUAAUAUUCUUUAGCCUCGGGGCAAACUUAAAGCCAGUUUUGUUUUGUUUCGGGAUUUUUUUGUUUGUUUUAAGAAUCUUUAAUUUUAGUAGUUCCUCUUAGCCUUUAAUAUCUUUUUUAUUUUUGCCUACUCAUGCUAGUGGUAAUCUUCUCUACCACUUAGGGACAUAAUGAGUUUUUCAUAUAACCUUAGAAUAAAGCAUUUAACUAUGCUAUCUGGAAAAAUUUGUUCUUGAUCUAAUUUGUCAUUCUACCUUUAGUCUUUUAACUAAAGGAAAAUGUCAAAGAUAAGGAACGAAGUAGCUAGGAUUAGAAACUAAAUUGCAAAAUCAGAAUUACCAAUAUAAGCAUUGGACAAUAAAUAUUUUUAAUAAUUGCUUUCUGUACACACAUGGUAUAUAUGGAUUCUAAUAGAAAAUUAUCUAGAACAUUACAAGCAUUUUAAGCUUUUUGACUUUGGGAUAUAUAAUAUCAGAAUGAAGCAGUACAGUGAAAGUUCUGACAACAUUUUUUAUUAAUUUAGCUUCCUAAUGUUUCCUUAUCAUUAUUUAACAAACUUGGAAGGAAAAUAUACAAGCUCUUCUCUUAAAUUUCAGGAGAAAUUGGAAUUUUCUGUUAUUCUGCUAUGUACUUUAGCUACUUUCUCUAUAUUAUUUCUAUUGCUUUUGUGUGCCCUUACAAAAUAGUAAAAUACAAAAAUUGUGCUUUGAAAUUGGUGGAUUACUGAAUAGACAAUGAAUGCCUUUGUGACACUUUUUUAAAUUUAUUAAAAGAUGAUAGUUUUACAUUCCUGCCGUCAAAUAAAUAUAGAGGAUGUUAAAGCACUUCAUUGUUUAUAAUAUUGUAGUAUUUAAUGUCAUAUCUUAACACAGGUAAAUCCCUUCUGCUAUUAGCAAACCAUUUCUAUUUUUACUUUCUGCUACUUCUAUACCAUAUAUAAAAAUAUUCCUAUGUCUUAUCAGGAUGAAUGGUUUCAAGUUUAUGCAUCUAUAACUUUUCCAUGUGCAUUUCAGGGACCUCUUCCUCUCUUUACUCUUUUCCCUGUCCAUUUAUAUAAGAAACUGGCAAAAUAUUGCAUAUGAUGCUCCAAUUGUAGGAGAUAGAAUGGAACCUAAAAUGUUCUGUAACUGCUAUCCAUUGGGGAAAAAAUUAUGAUAUCUGUUUUUGUAAUGCCUUUCUAACAUGCAAAGAGGAUAUCGAAAUUUGUAGGCAGUAUUUUAUUUUACACAUUUUUAAAUGGUUACAAAUUAAACUACAAAUGAUUGAGACUGUUUUGCAUAGUUUUAUACUAUGUUGUUACACUAUAUUUAAAGGAAACAUAGUGAGAGGAGCUUAAUCUCAAAGUCAUGAUGACCUGGGUUUAAUACCUGUCUCUUAAAUACAUCCAUACUGCCUCUUAGAUCUUGGGAGAAUUCCUUAGUCUCUCAGUGCCCUGGGCAGCUCUCUGAAAUGCUAAAUUGCAAAGAAAAUGGCAUUCUGCAUUGGGACAGGGAGGGAGUUUCUCAUUCAGAAUGUCCUACUUAUAAUGAAAUCAUAAGAUUGGGUAUAAAAAAAAAAAAGAAAUAGCAUCAUACAAUUGCAUAUCAGCCUGCCAUAGAAUUCCUUAUAACUCCCAUGUAAAGAUAGGGAAUUGAAAAGCUUUUGAAGAUUUUUUAAAAAUUAUUUGCUUUAAAUGUAUGUUUGUUCCUUUUUAAAAAGUUGAAUUGUAUCCUACCUGACUGCCUAUUGCUAAAUACAGCUAGUCUCUAGAAUCUACACAUGUUUUCUGAUUUACAAAUAACAGUUUGUUUGGUGAUUAUUACAACUAGUCAUUGUUUUUAGAAAUAAUUUUUAAUUUGGGGGUAUGGAAAUAGAAGGCUGUGUUGUGGAAACAUUAGGACUUAUUCCACAGCCUAAAUUUCUAAUCUCCCCAGGGGAAUUUUGCUAUUUAAUUACAUUGUAUAAGAAAAUGCCAGUUACACAUUCAAAUUUUAACAUUCAGAGUUUUGUUUUGUUUUUUGUAAACACGUAAUUCUUGAGUAAGUUGAAAUUCCAACUUUAUGUAUUCAUAAUUUUUUGAAAAUAUGAAUAGAUAUAUAUGCAGACACUUUGCUACCUACAUAUUAUCUAUCUCUUAUUCUACCCAUUUAUGAAGAAACAAAAAUUUUUUUGUGUUGGAUAUUAAUGGUUUGUUAUUUGGCAUAAUAUUUUUUGCUUUACUCAUAUAAAGGAAAAGAAAACUACUUUCAUAUUUCGUAAUCUUAAGUCUUACUCUAAUUUUCAAACCUCUUCAAGAAGAGACCUAAAUCUAGGCAUUCUAAGUGAAACUGUAAAAUUUUGAAUCAUGGAAACCAUUUACAGAAUUAUUUAAAUGUUUUUGCUUUAAACAUAUUGUUAAACCAAUAAGUCCUAGUAUCGUAGUGUGGAGUGUAAAAAGGCAGUGCUUUAUUCUUUUUAAAGCAAUUGUAGUUCUGGUUGUGAUUAAUUAAUUGCUGUCUGAGUCCUAAAAGAUAGAAAUGUGGUAUCUGCUCGUUAAUUAUGUGCUUGUUUUACGUUAUGAGGCUGCAUUAAAACAGAUAUUGAAGAAUUUUUUUUGCCUCUUGCUCCCAGUACACUAAGAACUUGAUACAUACAUUCUUAAAAUAGCAAUUGGUGAUAUAUAAUAACUUGUACAUGUAAAUAACUUUUAUAGUUUUAAUAUAAGUAGUAUUAGAAUCCUGUUUCUCCCAGAGGAAAAGCUAUUGGAAAAAAUUCAUACUCAGCAAAUUUAAAUAGUUCUAUGAAUAUACAUACCACUAUGUUCUAUACAUUUCAACAUUUUUGGGGGGAAAGGUCUUAGCAUCAAAAUCCCAAUUAUUUUUAGGUACUGUAUUGCCCUGGAAUUUCACCAUUUAAGUGUUAGUAAAAUGUUUGAUUUUUUAAAAAAAACUAAAAAUUAUAUUCCCAUCACAUCCAUGCUUAAGUAGUCAUUGAAUCUUAGCCUAAGUUUUGUUUAUUUAAAUAUACAUAUAUGAUAUAUAUAUAUAUAUAUAUAUACACACACACAAAUAUAAAUCAGUAGUUGAAUUCAUUAAGCAUUUAUUAAGCACUUCCUCUAUGCCAAACACUGUGCUAAGCUCUAGGGAUGUUAUAAAAUUAAGUUUUUUUGGGUGACAAAAUGAGAAACUAAUGUGAAAAAUGUAAAAACCUUUGAAAUUAUCUAAAUUUUGCUAUAGGAGUCUUAACACCAUGUCUUCUGUUCCCAUUUCACUUACAAAUAGAGCUCUACCUCAACACUCAACAUUAAAAUGGGAGAAACAAAAUGCACUUUUCUUGUUCAGAACAGCAUAAUUCCAGAUUUUUUAAAAAUCUAGAAUUUUAUGUUCAUCAGAAAAUAAAAUGGGUCAAGAUGAUUUUAGGUAAUUUAUUUAAAACUCCUUUCCAAGGGAUUAUCAAAUAUUUUUAUUUUUAAUAUUUUAAACUAUUUUGUAGCUUGAAAAUGAGUGUUUCCAUAGAAAGAUCAGAAAAGUUAAAAAAAGAAAAGUCAAAAAAACUUUCUUUAAAAAAAAAAAUCCAAACCCUGACUUAGCAGAAACUUAUUUUAAUUUCUAAAAAUAAAAUUUUGAAGAUUUGAACCUCUUCUUUAGAAUAAAUAGCAAUGGAAUAAUGUGAACUAUUCAUAUGAUAAUUUCAUAUUUCAUAAUAAUGUUUCAUGUGAUAAUAAAAGUAAAUAUUUGAGGGACCUGAGUUUUUCAACAUUAUAUCCAGAGAAAUGCUAAAUAAGACUUUUGUGUGCAAGUUCUCCUAACGAGAAAUAAACAUCCAAAUUUUUUACAUUCUUGAGAAUUUUUUUUUGCCCACUUCUCUUAGGAGAAGACAGUUCUCAAAAUCUAGCAAAACUUCAGAUAGCAUAGAUUGGCCUAUUAUUUUGGAGCAUUAGAAAUAUGCCUAUGCUUAUUCUCUGUUUAAAUUGCAAUUAAUAAUCGUAAAGGUAUGUUGCCACUAAACCAAAGUACCUAAAAGUGAAAUAAAGCCUUAAUCUUUAUGAUCUAUCUCCAUCCAUGCCCCUCAUAUUUUAUUUAUCACUAUGAUAAUUCAAAAUCAAAUAUUCAAAUGAAAUCACAAACUUUAAAAAAAUUAGUUAAGUUCAUUUUCUAAUAACAUUCGUGCCCGAUACAUCAUCAAAAUGUUUGUUUCUAAAAUGAAACGAAAUACUUGAGAUUCUUUCUGUAACUAAGAAUUCACGUCUGACUUGCCUCUAUUUCACAGAUAUUUAGGAUCCUAUAAAUGCCUUCCAAAAUGCCAUUCUUAAUUCUUAAAAAAUUUUGAAAAAUGAAUUUAAAUAUUAUUCCUCAUUUGACAGAAAUACUCAUUGUUUUCUUAUAUUAUCACAAGAUUUGAUUUGUAUACUUGAGUAAUUUAUGAAGGAAAUUAUAUGAAGAAAAAGAAGAGAUAAUCAGAAGUAUCAGGUUUUAGGGUGAGGAUUUUACUUUACAAAUAUUAUAGUUUUAAUGGAAACAACUGUGUUCCCAACAAAUCUUAACCAUAUAAAUUUAUAAAGGCUCAAAACAUCUUGGUCUUCCCAAAGAAGGAUCUCAAAAAUUCUAAAAAUCCAGUCUGUUCUUUAAAUGUAGCACAAUAAAUCUAUCUUUGAUCCUUUCAUUUAAUUUGCAAAACUUUGGGGUUAAAGUGAAUACUUCUCAAAACUACCUAGGUUUAAUUUCAUGUUUUGAAAACUUGUUAAUUCUAUCUAUAUCUGAUUUAUGAGUUUUAUGUCCCUUACAGUUUUGAUAUUCUAUGGCCCUGUGAUCAUAGGGCCAAAUUAUAUAUACAUAUAUUUUUUUUAAUAUUCUAAAUUUAUAGUUAAAACUGGGUAUAUUACACAUAUAUAUUUUCCCAUUUGCUGAUGAAAAGGACAGGUCCAACUGUUAUUCUUAGUGGUGAAUUUUUAACUUCAAUCCUUUUUUUAGUAUGUGUGAUUAUAUAAUCUGCUAAUCUUCAAUUUCCACAUGUGCAACUUAGCCAGAAUAACAAGUAAAUUGUCCAGAAAAAACAAUUCUCAUAACUAAUUGUUGAUGUUCAAUAAGAGAAAACAACUGCUUGGCAGAAUUUUCAUUUCCAAACAGUCAUGGCAUUGUGUAGACAGAGCUUUAUUGUCCUAUAAUAUAAAACCUUUUAUUCUGACCUAAGUCUAGUCAUGAUCUUUACUUUUGGGGAACCUCACAAGGUUGUUUAGCAUUCCUCUGUACUAAAAAGAAUUUUACCUCUUGCCUUCUGUGUAAAAAAUAUUUCUUGCCUUAUUUUAUUAACAUUCUCAUGCUUACAUGAAAGUUCCUCUAAAGGUCAGUUGUACCUUCACACGUUAUUGUCCUGACAUUCCACACUGUGCUGCCUUAUGUGAUAAGUGGUAAGCUUUUCAACAUCUCCUUCCAACUGAAGAUUAAAGAAGCAACUAUCAUUGUCAGAAAAUGUGAUGGCUAAUUUAAGUAAAUUCACUUUUCAUAGAAGUGUAAAAACCAAAUUAUGGCACACCAUCUAUUCUAUUUUCUAAAGUAGUUCACUUUAAGUGAGAGUAAUUUCAAAUAUCAAAAAUUAGCUUAAUUCUUAGCAGAGUGUUUAAGUAUGCUAUAUCCCCCUAAAAAUUAGUCUUAAAAUUAGAUCCAUAAAUGUUGAUCAAAAGUUAGCCCUUUGUACCAGCAAACCAAUUUUUUUCUCUUAUGAAUGUUAUGCCUUUCCAAAGUCUGAUGCAAGGGUUAAAAUAUUUGUGCCUUUUUAUAAUAGCAUAAUGAAAAAAGAAGUAAGCUGUUUAUAGUUGCUUUGUAGCGCUAUAAACUGCACAGAUCUACAGCUAUUGCUUCACUGCAUGACAUAUAGCUCGAUUACUAGUGAUGAAAUAUUUUAGUGAUGGUUGCCAAGCUUAUAUGAAUGAUUUGAGACUUUAUUUUUACAGUCUUAAUCUUAGGCUGGACCUAAGAGUCUAUGUAUAAACAUUAGUAUGAUGUCUAUGUUGUUUAUAGAAACUGACCAAGAAACCAGAAUUUUGAUUGCUAUAAGAUUUUUCUGUUUAUACUCAUAUUGUAGGUAGUUUGCAAAUAAAGGUUGGUUUGGUAUAUCUUAAACUUCAUUGUUUCAGCUGAGUCAUUCUACAAACUUUUAUGAUAAUGAAUGACAUGCUAAAUCACUCCAGGUUUAUGUUGUAUUGUGAAUGGAUAUAAACAUUUUACUAAUAAAAUAUCGUGUUUACAAACGAA